AUGGGAGUAUCACAAUAUUUAAAAAUCUCAGAUAUUGAAAUAUUCCUUCAGAUCUCCUUAUUCUCCUUAAUAAGUGAAGUGAGUUAUCAUUUAACUUAUUUUUGGAAAUAAGUUCUUUAGUUUAUUAUGACAUUUGAAUAAAUUAUUCAAUAAAAUCAGUGUGAUAACUCCUUAUCUUUUACACAUGUCUUAAAAUUAGUUAUUUAAAAAUAAGCUAAUAUUUAUAUUGUCAUAUUUUUCAAAUAAUAUUCCAAGAAAAUGUAAAAUAAAAUCUAACAGUAGGCUCACAAGACCACCAAUGUUAAGAGAGUCUAGACAUACCAAAAAUAAUUAUAAGGAACCAUCUACUAUAGUUUUAAAGUUGGGUAGUUAACCUAAUGUAGGAAGUAAUUAAUUAAGUAAAACUUUCAGAAUUACCACCUAAAGUGUUAUAAUAAAAUCCUACUACUGAAGUAAGAAGAAUAAAAAACAAAUCGAUUAGUUAACAUAUAAAUGGAAAUGGAAUUCAUCAAUAGGCCAACUAUUAUAAAUAACCAAAUAAAAGAGUGAUAUAUGACUCAACAAAUUGUUUGAAUUCUUAAAUUAAUCGUUCAUCAAGUAAUAGAAUCAAGAAAAUUCAUUCAGUCAGUUCCCAUAAUUGUAAUAGUUUAAUUUAAAUCAAGAUGAAAGUUUUAUUUAAAAUCUUGAAGAUCACAGUAGAAAUAACAUUAUUUAUAAUGAAAUUACAACUAGCACUGAGUUAAAUGAAGGCAAGAAAUUAUUUACAGACAAUAAAAUAGAAGAAGCAUUGAAAACAUUUUAAAAUUACCUUUCAAAAUAUGGUUUAAAUCCAGAGGCAUUAUAUUUAUCAGGAUUGUGUUAUAUGUCAUUGGAUUAAGAAGAUAAAUACAUUGAAUAAUUUUAGACUCUCAUAAAGACAUUUCCAACAUUUAAAAGAAAUGUAUAUAUGUAUUUAGCACUGUCUCUUAAAAAAAAUAAUCUCAUUAAUGAUGCAAUCAAUGUUAUUUCUUAAGGAAUUUAUCAAUUUAAUAGAUAUUUUGAAGCGAUAAUAUUUAGAGCUAAAUUAUUUUUAAAGCAAAAAAAUUAUGAGAAAGCCAUAAAAGAUUUUUAUUCAGCUAUGUAAAUUAAUUCAAAAAAACCUGUUUGUUAUGUUGGUUUAAGUGAUUGUUUUAAAUAAAUUAACAAAAUUUAAUAAGCUAUCGAAGAAUUGAAUAAAGCACUUGAAUUUGAAGAGUUUUCUAAAUAAAAAUCAAUCAUUUUGAAACGAUUCACAAUUUAUUUAGAUAUUAAAGAUUUUGAAAAAGCAACAUAAGACAUGAAAAUUUUAUUAGAGAUUUGUGAAAACGAUUCUGAAGUGUAUUAUUUCAAGGGAAUUUUGAUGUAAAAGUAGAGUAAUUAUUUUAUUUAAUUUUAGAACGUAUUUAAGAUGCUCUUUUGGCAUUUGAAUAGUCAAUAAAAUUUAAUAGUUAAAAGAAACCAGUUACAAAAGCCCUUUAUGAAAUUGUUAGAAUAAAAAUAGAAUAGAAUGAUUAUUAUUCUGCAUAGCAUGAACUCGAUAGAGCAGCCUAUCUUGAUGUAGAUAAAACAUAAUUAUAAAAAUUUGAACUCUUUGUUGGAGGAGCUAUUUAUUUAAUGAAGAGAAAAUUUGAAGAAGGUACUCAUAUGUUAACAGAAAUGAUAACUAAAAAUCAUCAGAGUGAUAGUCUUAAAUUUUAAGCACAUCAAUAUCGAGCUUAUGGAUAUUUUUGUUUAUCAAAGUACAAUUUAGCUAACCAAGACUUAGAAUUAUAUUAAGAAAAUCUUUUGGAGAAAGUAAAUUUAUUACAAAUUAUAGGCAUCUUUAUAUAAUAAACUACUUUGCCAUGGUAUAAUAAAAUAUGAAGAUAAUGAAUUAGAAUAAAGUAAAAGAGAGUUUUUAUAAGCUCAUAAAAUACUUCCAAAUAAAAUGGAACCCCUAUUUUAUUAAGCUAUUAUUUUAAUUAAAAGAUAUUGUUCAAGUCUAGAAAAAAUAAGUGAAGAAAAUAGAAUAAUGUAUUUAAAAGAUGCAUUAGAUUUACUUGAAAGAGCUGCCAAAAAUUGUGAAUAAUCUAAUUUACUUUUCUAUAAAGGCAUAAUACAUUUUGCUCUUGGAAAUAUAGAUUAAUCUGCAUUAGACUUAGAAUAAGCUAUUGAAAAAUCUGAAGAUAAUCAAGCAUAACAUUAUUAUGUUAGAGGAUUACUUCAAUGUUAACGUUAAUUAUUUAAACAGGCAGUGAAUGAUUUUUCAAUUUGUUUAAGUUUGGAUCAAAAUCAUUCAGAAUCUUACCUUAAUAGAUGUAAACUAUUAACUAUGAUGGGGGAUGUAGCAACAGCAUACUUAGAUCUAUAAAAAUACAUUGAAUUAAGAGAAUAAUAUACAAUAAAUUAUCAUACUGUAGGAAUUUUAUAUUUUUUAAUUGGAGCUUAUGAUGAAGCUAUCCAAGCAUUUGAUAAUUGUAAAUCAUUAUAAGGAUACUAUGAGAAAGUGAAAGUUCUAAUUUAUGGAAAAGAAUUAAAUUAAGCACUCAAUGAACUCUCUAAUAUUAUAACAGAAAUGCAUAAUUAAGAAGCCAUAAUAGAUAAACAGGUACUUACAAUAUUGAAGGAAACUAGCUAAUAAAUAUCUACCAAAAUUUUGGAGGAUAGUAUAAAUACAAUUAGCUAAAUUUUAAAAACUUAAUAGGAAGGUUUAAUAUUUAGAUAAUCAGAUAUAUAUUUUUAUAAAGGUUUAUUUUAUACUUAUUUGGGACAAUAUUUAAAAGCAAAAUAAUGUCUUCGCUUCUCAUAUGAUCUUAAAGAAAAAGAAAUUAAAAAAUCAAGGAAUAAAUCAUUAAUUAAUUAAAAUUCUCUUGAAGAUUUUGAUUUUACUAACAAGACAUAUAAUAUUUAUGAACAUCUUUAUAAUUGUGCCAUUAUAGAAGUAAUUUUAGGUAAUCUUGAAGAAGCUUUUGAAACUUUAACUUUACUUCAUGAACAUUUAACAUAAAUUGAAUUCAGAGUUCAAUUAUAAAUCUUAAUGGAAUUAUUACGAGAUGAUUAGUAAGAUAAUCCUCCGGAAGAAGAAUUUCAGAAAAUACAAGAAUUCUAAUUAUUUCCAUAACAUAAUAGAUUAUGUUCAAUAUAUCCAUCAAUCAAAUUACCUUUGAAAAAAUAUUCUGUCGAAAUAAGGUUAUCAUUUUGCUUGCCAAUUGUUGAAUUCCCUUCAUAACCUAUUUUAUUUGAUGAACAACUACUUCAAAAAAUAUCUGUAAUUUAUACUCUUUUAUUUUAAAGCCCAAAGUUGUAGAGAAUAAACCAGAAGCUCCUUGGAUUAAAAGAUCUAGUGAAGGAGUGAUAUUUACCGACAAUAUUUAGUUUAUUGAUGACUUAGAUCUUCUAUCAACUUUUAGAAAAUAAGAGACAGAAGAAACAUAAUAAGAAAUUAAUAAUUUUUAAGAUGAAAAUGAUAUCACCUAAUUAAAAGAUAAACUUAAGUUGGAUGACUAAAUUACUAAAAAAUUGAAUUCGAUAUUACAAAAAAAAAUUGAAGAAUGA